AUGGGCUGAGUGUGUAAAGCACUUGCAUUGAUAACCUGCAGCUCAGAGUCACUCAGUCUCACUUUGUGGCCAUCCCCUUUGCCUGGAACUCCCUUCGCCCUGCUCUGUCUCCUUUCUUGCUUCUCACUCUAGGACUGUCUGCAGACACCCUCAGACUCCCGCGUUUACUUGUCACCCCUUGGACGCUGUCACCAUGACACCAACCUUGCCGUUGUUCCUGCUGCUGCUCAGCCUCAUAGGGGCUCAGGCCACCUUGGAUGUCCGCACAGCCGCCGCCAUGGCGGCAGGUUUGUGCAAAACUCGUCCCACAGACAUUGUGUUCAUCGUCGACAGCAGUCGGAGCGUUCGCCCUUCCGAGUUUGAGCAGGUCAAGGUCUUCCUGGCAAAGGUCAUUGAGGGGCUGGAUGUUGGACCCAACGCCACCCGUGUGGGAGUUGUCAACUACGCCAGCCGUGUCAAGAAUGAGGUGUCUCUGAAGACAUACCGCACCAAAGCCGGGCUAAUAAAGGCUGUGACCAAGAUUGAGCCCCUGUCCACUGGAACCAUGACCGGUCUGGCCAUCCAGUUUGCCCUGAAUGUUGCCUUCAGUGAGGGUGAGGGCGCUCGUGUCAAAUCUCCUGAUAUCAGCAAGGUUGCCAUCAUUGUGACAGACGGGCGUCCACAGGAUAAUGUGAAAGAUGUGGCUCAACGUGCACGGGAUGCCGGUAUUGAGAUUUUCGCCAUUGGUGUGGGACGUGUGGACAUGAGCACUCUGAAGCAGAUGGCCAGUGAUUCUCUGGAUGACCACGUGGACUACGUGGAGAGCUACAGCGUCAUCGAGAAGCUCACCAAGAAGUUCAAGGAGGCCUUCUGUGUGUCGGACCUGUGUGCCACUGGGGAUCAUGACUGUGAGCAGGUAUGCAUCAGCUCCCCUGGAUCAUUCAAGUGUGCCUGCAAAGAAGGCUUUACCCUCAUGGACAAUGGUCGCAGCUGCAGUGCUUGCAGCAACUCUGCGACAGAUGUGGUGUUCCUGAUCGAUGGCUCUAAGAGCGUGCGUCCUGAGAACUUCGAGCUGGUCAAGAAGUGGAUCAACCAGAUUGUCGACAAACUGGAUGUUUCUGAGAGCAAGGCUCACGUUGGACUGGUUCAGUACUCCAGCUCCGUCAGACAGGAGUUCCCUCUGGGCCGUUUCAACAACAAAAAAGACCUGAAGGACGCUGUGAAGAAGAUGGCCUACAUGGAGAGGGGAACCAUGACAGGCCAGGCUCUCCACUAUCUGACAGACAACAGCUUCAGCGCCGGUCAGGGUGCCCGGCCUGGAGUAGCAAAGGUGGGCAUUGUCUUCACCGAUGGACGCAGCCAGGACUACAUCGGAGAGGCGGCCAAGAAGGCCAAGGAUCAUGGUUUCAAGAUGUAUGCUGUUGGAGUGGGCAACGCAGUGGAGGAUGAGCUGAAAGAAAUUGCAUCUGAGCCCACUGGAGAGCACUACUUUUACACUGCUGACUUCAAGGCUAUGACCCAGAUCGCCAAGAAGCUGCAGAUUAACAUCUGUCAAGAUGAGGACCCCUGCGAAUGCGACUCUCUCGUAAAGUUCCAAAAGAAAGUAGAAGAGGCCCUACAGGCACUAACAAAAAAAUUAGACAGUAUGUCGAAGAGGAUCGCCUUGCUGGAGAACAAGAUUGUCUGAGGACUCACAUCCCACUCUUUCAUAUACAUCCGCACACACCUACGUACACACACAAACACACACACAAACAAAUUUUACUUCCUGUAAAAUACUAAGGAGGAACCUGUGUGUGAACCCUGACCUCUGCUUGUGUUCUGAGCUCUGCCCAGCCACUUCUGCUCCCUCCUCUCUCGGUCUUACCUCUAUCACCUGUGGGUCUCCUGGGACACAAAGUCCCGGUUGCCAUGGGGACCAUGCCUUUGGGUGUGCUCUGAAGGUCAUCUUCUAUAGACAGCCUGUGUGUUUGUUAAUAAAAGUCUUCCCUCAUAGGGAAACGGUGACGGUA